GCACUUUAUAACUUCUUCCUUGCCAACGAACUGUCCAUCUCCGUUCGUGCAAAAUCCCUUUUAUCUUUGACUGAUUAUAGAUACAUGGAUGGUUGAUCUCCGAAUCCUAAAUUGCGCAUUGAAGAGACGAUGAUGAGGUCGUAUGAUCAUUAUACCUUGAAUUUUCAGAUCGCAUUUAGUGGUGUUGUUCUUCAUGGGAUCGGUGAAGUCUUUAGAAGAAAAGAAGGUCGAUUCAACGGAACCUUUGAAGAUAAUCCAAUGGGAGGAUCUUGAGCAGGAGCUCGCAAGAUUGUGGAGUCUGUCAUCUGCACUCAAUAAAUCCAAGGAGAAGAAGAGUUCCCUAGAGCAGAAGCUUCAAUCCCUUAUUCAGUUAAGAGCAGAAUCAUUGAGUAGGUCAAAUGAACUUGAGGAGAGGCGCCAAAAACUUGAGGCACGGAAGUUGGCGAUGGAUAAUAUGUUGACGCGUUCAAAGUUUGUGGCAGAGGAUGUGAAAAAGCGUGAGGAGCGGCAUAUUGUUGAAAUUAAAAUGCUUAUGGUUGCAGGGAAUGCUCUUUCUGUAGCUAGUAAGCAAUUGCAGGAAGCAAAUAGGUUGCUAGCAGGAGAAAGAGGUCUUGUUCAUCUGAAAAAUUUGCAGAGGAUGCUAAGAAAGAGGCAACAAUAUAUGAUAGCACAGGUUGCAUGGUUGUAUCCUGUGAAGGCCUCAAUCGAACUGAGACAUGGAGAAAAGCAUGAUUCAUCUUCUAAUGGUGGCAGAUCAGGUGAUUCUGCUGGAUCCAAACCUCUUAAUUCAGGACCUUUGACCAUUUCAGGUCUACAACUGACUGCGCUUCCUUUAAAGAAGCCAAGUUUUUUCACUGACAAGAAAGAGGUUCAGAAGUAUGCAACUGCCUUUGGAUAUAUUGCACAUGCUGUUUCUCUUAUUGCUUCUUACUUGGAUGUUCCUCUGCGGUACCCCUUGCUUUUUGGAGGUUCACGUUCAUAUGUUAAUGACUAUGUGUCCUCAGUUGAUCCUGUGCCUUCUGAUUCCACAUCAAGUUCAUUACUUGCCACAGUGUCAAAGCCUACAGAGUUUCCUCUCUUUUUAGAAGGUCAAGACAUAACAAGAGCUGCUUAUGCUAUAUUCUUGUUGAACAAGGAUUUAGAGCAGAUCCUAAAUUUUAUAGGCGUUGAUAGUUUGGGGCCACGCCAUGUUUUGGCUAAUUUGAAGGAGAUUUUGAGGUCCAUUCAGUCUCAGGAAUAUAUAAACAAAAUCUGAUCUCCUUUGAACAAUCGACUGUAACUGGUAGUGCUACUAACAAUUUGUGAAUAACUACAUUAUUUUGAUUCUUGAGUGGGUGCAUUUUUUUGGAGCACCUUGGUUUUACAGCCCUGUAAGUUUGUCACAUUGGCAUAAAUGUGAAAUUAUAUUUCUAUUUCUUGUAACAUAUGGAUUUGGUUGUAAUGUGAAAUUAUAUUUCUACA